CUCCUGGCGUCAGCGUUCCGCAGGGAUUCCGAACCAACGGUUCCGCUUUCCGCGUCCCCAGUCUUUCCGGGGAACCUCUAUACUGCAUACGUAGGUACUGUAGUUGCCCACGACGCUACUAACGUUAGUAUCCGUCUACAAUGCCUGCCUGCCUGGCCCCCCUUUCGCCAACAGAGGUGGGGAUGCGGCAAAGGACCUGAGCGCCACGCUCUCACCGGGCCCGCCGACGUCGGUAGUGAUACGUAACUCGGUAUAUAAAAGGGACGCGAUGCGGGAAAGGAGGGGGGUAUCAGUGGGAGGACCGAUCGACACGGACGGCGCGUGGAUCGGAAGCUGGUAUCGUUGCGUGGACGCUUUUUCUGGACUUCUCCUUCUCUUCUGCCUUUUUUUUUUUCGUUUUGUGUGCGUGCAAAAAGUCGGAGAAUACAGGGGGCGAAACAAAGAUCAACAAAAUGGACGUCAAUGAAUUUCGCCAGGCGGCCAAGCAGGCCGUUGACCAGAUUGCCGACUAUCAUGAGUCCGUCUCCUCGCGGCCCGUCGUCUCCAAUGUCCAGCCGGGAUACCUGAGGCCCCUGCUCCCCGCUGAGGCGCCUCUCGACCCCGAGCCUUUCGCCGACAUCGCCGCCGACAUCGAGUCCAAGAUCAUGCCCGGCAUCACGCACUGGUCCUCCCCGGGCUUCAUGGCCUUCUUUCCCUGCUCCAGCAGCUACCCGGCGGCGAUCGCCGAGAUGUGGUCCAACGCCUUCAACGGCGCCCACUUCAACUGGAUCUGCAGCCCCGCUGCCACGGAGCUCGAGACCGUCACCCUCGACUGGUUGGCCCAGGCCCUGGCGUUGCCGUCGUGCUUCCUCAGUGGCGGGGAGACGCACGGCGGUGGUGUCAUCCAUGGCAGCGCCAGCGAGGCCAUCCUGACCGUCAUGGUCGCCGCCAGGGAUAAGUAUCUUGCGGCAAGGACGGCACAUCUCCCGGACGGCGAGGAGAAGGAGGAGGAGACGUGGCGGCUACGCAGCCGUCUCGUCGCCCUGGGCAGCGCUGGUGCCCACUCCAGCACUAAGAAAGCUGCCCAGGUCCUCGGCGUUCGAUUCGCCACCGUCCCUGUUGAUGAGGAGCACGGCUUCGCCCUGCAAGGUCCAGCUCUUGCCCAUUCUCUCGACGAGCUCGCCGCCAAGGGUCUCGAACCCUUCUACUUGACGACCACGCUCGGCACCACCGAUGUCUGCGCCGUAGAUGAUUUUGCUGGCAUCGCCACCGCCCUGGCUCCGCGUGCCGGUACCGCGGCGGAGGUCUGGGUGCAUGUCGACGCCGCCUAUGCCGGCUCGGCACUCCUGCUUGAGGAGAACAAGCCCCUGACUCAGCCCAUGGCUGAAUUUCACUCCUUCAACUUCAACCCUCACAAGUGGAUGCUUACCACGUUUGACUGCUCCGCGGUCUGGGUCCGCAGCCGCGCACAUCUCAUCUCGGCCCUUAGCAUCAAGCCGCCCUACCUUCGUAAUCAGUUUUCGGAUGGUGAUCUCGUCACCGACUACCGCGACUGGCAGAUUCCCCUCGGCCGUCGCUUCAGAUCCCUCAAGCUCUGGGUCGUUUUGCGCUCAUACGGCCUUCGUGGCCUCCAGGCCCACAUUCGCAAGGGCGUUGGCUUGUGCGAGAGCCUCGAGACCAAGUUGCGUCAGCGUCCGGAUCUGUUCACCAUUUACACGCCGGCUCGCUUCGCACUCCUCACCGUGCGCCUCGCGGGCGACGACGCCGAACAGGUCAACCGCCGGACGGAGGCGCUGUACGAGCAGAUUAACGCUGCCGGCCAGUUCUAUCUCACCAGCACCGUCAUCAAUGGCAAGUUUGCCAUCCGUGUCUGCACCGGCGUUGCCACUGUGCAGCAAGAGCAUAUUCAGAAGCUCUUUGAAGUGUUGGUCGAGGGCACAGAAAAGCUGAUCGGUGCUGAGAGGUCUGCGCAAAGCCCGGGCAAAGACAGUAUGAAGAUGAAUGGUGUCAAAGCAAACGGCGAGGCCAGAGACUCUCUGGAGACAGCGGGCAAAGCCAGUAGGAAUGGGGUGGCCAGAUAGAAAGAGCAUGCCGUAAUUGACUAAAUAUAUACUGUAGCGAUG